AACGUGAUGGAAAUAGUUGGAAAGGGGAGGAGAAAGAGAGGGAGGGAGGGAGGGAGGGAGGGAGGGAGGAGGAAGAGGUGAAAUCAGAAAUUGUGCCAGAGCUCUAUCUAUCACAGCUUCCAUCCAGACAGACAGGCAGGCCUCCCCUCUCCUCAGCCCAGGACUACACCCUCCAGGUCGGACAUGCACAGCGCCGAGGCUCCCUCCAACACACUGGUGCUGGAGUUUAAGGAGGACGCGGCGCUGACGGAGAUGAUGCGUCUUCGCGUGUCGUCCUUGCAGCGGUCGGGACAGAAGCGUCAGGACGGCGAGCGUCUUCUCCUUCCCCAUGAGGCCGUGUAUCGCCUGGACUUCCCCUCUCAGGAGCUGAACUUCUCCCGCUGGCACUUCUCGCUCGCCGCCUACGGUCGUGUCACCAUCACCGGCAUUUCCCAGCACUGGACCCCUGACCUCACCAACCUGAUGACCCGUCAGCUGCUGGAGCCGAUCGGAACGUUUUGGCGAAACGCAGGAGACCCCGAGGACUCGCCGCUCAAAUGGCUGGAGGCGGACAUGCAGGAGUUCGGCGAAAGGAUCGCCGAGCUGGCCAAGGUCAGGAAGGUCAUGUACUUCCUGUUCGCUUUCAAGGAGGGCGCGGAGGCAGCCAACCUCAGCUGCUCGGUGGAGUUCACGGCAGACAAAUGACUUGUCGAUAGCAGAGUCCCGUUAGUUUAAAAUAAAACCUUUGCAUCUUUUGUUUUUUCAAGCAGUCAAAGAAAUCCACGAGCUUAAAUGUUAUCCCUGAAACACUCACUUCCUGUCUCUCCUCUCUUAGCUGCAACGUACAGGAAACCAGGCUGCACUUCCACAUCUUCAUGCACACAAAUUUAAAUCCACCUCAAGUCAAAGUUUCACCAGCACUUAUUGAAACAGCUUUAAAGAGUAUUUUUCACUAAGCACACACACCUGGGACAGAGAAUAAAGCAGGACGCAGAAGACGUAGGGAUCCACUUUAUGUGAACUGAAGACGGACCUGACCAGGAAGAGGUCCUGGUGCUACGUAAAAGAUCGAUGCAUCAUCAAUCAGCAGUUUUAAAAAAUGUUUAAAACUUGUACAGAAACACGAGCAUUCACUAAGAAAAUUAACAUGAUGUUGUCAUCCUAAUCAAUAAAUCAAAUUUGCAGAACUCCCAACUGAUAAAAAUGUUUGAUGAAGUCACAUAACUAACAGCAGAAAGAUUCCUCUUGUAAACGAAAAAAUGGCCUUUUCUGUUCAGCUGGAUGUUAAUCUGUGUGGCGACUUGCUCUGCGAGUUGCUUCUGUCGUAGCUGCUGCUGUAUUUUGUUUGUGAAAACUAGACGCAAAACAUCCAAUAUUCACAUUGCAUGACCGUCAGCCCGACACAAAACGGAGAUCAA